AGGGGAUUGCGAUAUAACAGCGCAGAUUGUCACGCAAUCCUACUGAGUCAGUCCCUCAAGGAUACGUGCAGAACAAGAACUACAUACAUCCAGUAGGACGAAAAGGUAUGUUUGUAAGCUUCAUUUAACCCCGGUUUGACAACCCUCAAAUACCUCGCCUUUAAAUACGUCUCUCCAAAUUCGUUGAUCGGUAGAAUAUCAAGCGGUUUUGUAGAUUUCCUUGCACAUACUUUGGGCACUGAGCAUUUGAACUCACGCGAUUACGUGUGCUUUUAACAACUUGACAUCGUGCUAUUUAUUCUGUAGAUUGUUUUAAAACAGCGGGCCUUUGUUGCAUCUAUAAAUCAGUAAAAUUCUGUCCAUUCCAACCCUUAGGGCCUGAUAACAGCGUUUAUUAUACAUUGUACUCACUGUCUGACUUCUCAUUGGCUAAGAGCCUACAGCUAAUUUUGGAAAUCAGCGUAACCUACAGAUUAGUUAGUUAUUUGCGACUAAUCUGUAGGUUGCGCACGCAAUGCAUGAUUUCCUAUGACAAUAUCAAGUCAGGUUCCUUGCUAGCGCGUGUUUGUCGUUAUUUUAAUUUCUUCAAAACAAUGUAUAACAAAACAAUUAUUAGAUUCAGUUUUUGUGAUAUCUUAAGUAAUCAAGGUCUGGGUAAGUGUUAUCAGCCGAGCCGAAGAAGGCUUGGCUGAUAACACUUACCUCAACCUUGAUUAUUCCGGAUACCACAAAAACCUCAUCCACUAAUUGUUUAUAAUCAUAACUACAACAAAAUUCACAAAUCUGAUUGGCUAUCAACUGUCCUGAUUUCAACACUAAUAGGACAGUGUAAUAGGACAGUACACAUCAUGCCUAAGUGAUAAAAUUGGAUAGUCACACCAUCAUGUGCGCGCUUAAAUGGCUUUUUUUCUAUACCGGUAGCAAAAGACUCUCGGAAUUUCUUGUGUUUUGAUUUUAAAAAGCCUAAAAUAUCACAAAUUGAUAUAGUUAUGAUUAAUUGGUAACAGAACUUCCUGCCUUCCAAUUUGGUCUUUAAUCAUACUUGUGAUUAAACAAAUUGGACUCUGUUGUCAUUUGUAUGAUUACAGACCGACUUGGACUCCGCUCAGUUCUAUACCAUUAUUUAUGCAUGAACUGGGGUAGAUCAAUAAAAUUAUCUUACUCACAGUUCAAGGCAGCAUGUUUGCAUCCAAUAAACUUAAAUUAUACAAGAAAGUGCAAUUUCUUUGACAAUGUAAAAACUUCUUAUAAUCUCUAAAGUAAUUAAGUCCAUGACAAGACGUGUUCGUAUUUAAAAAUUGUAAUCGCUCCUUUAGCUCCCACAUCACAGUUUUAGGGUUCUAGCUGCACAAACUUAAUUUACUUUUCAGUCAAGUAAUCAGGGAAGUAAUUUUCAACUGACCAAACGGUACCUUAACAGAGAUCAAAAUUACAAGCGCGAUAAGCCAAAGCAUUGUAACUGCAUGGAGUUAUAUCCUCACUUUGAGCAAGAUGUAUAAGCUAUUAUUCUAGCCAAUAUAUAAAAUUGUAAACAAUGACAAUUAUUUUAAUUGAUAUUUUAGGAGAAAAAAAUAUGUCUCGCGGCAUUAAUGGAAAGACUCCUCUGUUACAUGCCCAAGAAAACCCAUCUGAUGGAGAAGAAAAAUGCCACAGUGACAGUGCCAGACAGAAGCAUAUCACUGUCAGCAACUCAAAGUCAUCGUUCAUUAGUCGAUCAUUUUCGGCUGAAUCUGAAUCAAGUCAAUUUGGAGAUGGAGCAACACUAAUCUCAUAUCAUGAUGUGGGUUACACCGUGUACACUAAAGAGAAAGGGAUCAAAACUGAGAAACACAUCAUCAAAAAUCUCAGGUGCAAUCACGACCUUGUCUUUAAUCAAAUUUUAUUUUUGUGUGAUUAAGCUUCAUUGUUUGUUAAAUAAAAUAUUGACAUUUUUACGUGCAGUUUAUUUCCUCAAUGAGAAAAAUAGUGACUGGGGUGAUUAUCAGGUAAUUUAUCCAGGCUGGAUGGAGGAUUAAUUUUCUUUUACCACUAAGAGACUUAGAAUUAAUGAGAUAUGUUUGACAAAAAAUAUAUGAAAUAAAUAUAUAUUUGCAUGUUGAACAUAAUGGUAGCUCAUAUAUUGUAAUAGUCGAGAGAGUGAAACCCUGAUAUCAAGCCAGCUUUAGUUGUUUUGAUGAAAUCAUGCAGUGAAGCUUCCAUGAUAGAAGAUCACUGCUGCAUAGUACCACUUUAAUCAAGUCUUCCCCUUCUUGGCUGACCACAACUAAUAAAACUCAAUUUGUUUGAUUUUUAUGUUAAAGUGGUAUCAUGCAGCCAGGACUGAAUGCUAUACUAGGACCAACAGGGAGUGGCAAAACAACGUGAGUAUAACUUUUUAAUAUAUAUCAGUCGUAUUUAUAAAAUAUGCAUUCCCAGAAAAUAUUCACCCCCCGCCCCCACCAUGGAGAGCAGUUUUGCUUUAGACCCCCACCUCCUGGAAUUUCCAUGGGGGUGCUUGUCAUCCCCCCCACCAUCUCAAAUUUUUGUAAUUUGUCAGCUUGGUUGGGUACUCUGGAAAGAACAAUUCCAUAAAAAAUGUUGUUGCACUAUAUUAUUAUGCAAAAGAUAAUUUUUUUCUGUGAUAAAAUGAGAAAAAAUCUUACUAUUCAUGUUAAUACGGUGUCUAAUAAUCUCAAAGACUUUCUUAGCUAAUAAUUAACCAAGUGGUUCCUUACAUCACUCAUGAAUACUGACUACACAAAUAAUGCCGUUCUGCAAAAGAACCAGUUACAUUCAAACUAAACACCAUGUACACUUUCACUGCUUCCUUUCUGUUAGAACGUGCAUGUUAAAACAAGACUUAAUUAGAACAAAACCAAAUUAUGGUGAAUCAGAUGUGUCAAAUAAUGCAACAGCUAGAUAACCGGAGGUUUAUUCAUGAGCUGUUGACAAUUGUAUUAAAAGAACUAUCAUGUAAGCCCUGAAAAAAGCAUAUGGCCAACCAGAGAUAAAAGAUGAUCAGUACAAACAAAUUAAAACAUUUGUUUUGAAACACCGGUAAGGCUACGUACAAACAGACGCAACAUUGUUGGCCAACAACUCCCAACAUGGUUGGAUGUUACAUGUUGCGUCUGUUUGCACUCUCUGGUGCAUGUUGUUGGAUGUUGUUGCGUGUUGUUGCGCAAAGUUUGAAAGCGGUCAAACUUUUCAGGCAACAACUCUCAACAUUUCUUUUGUUCUGUGAUCGCCGAAGCAUAGCACAGCAAUGUUGGAUCUGUUUGCACAGCUCUUCCAACAUUGUUGGGGCCAUGCGCGCUCAUUAUGCAUGGUCUCCAAAGUCUUAUGGGUUGUAUCUUUCCCACGAUACACUGCAGGUCCCAACAUUGUUGAGAGUUGUUGCACUCAUUUGCACUCCACUGCCAACACGCAUACAACAACUCCCAAUAUUGUUGGCGCAACAAUGGUGGGAGUUGUUGCGUCCAUUUGCACUCAGCCUUAACAGCAAGAUAACUGAUAUUUAGCUCAACAGAGAAGGUGUUAUUUAUUAAUAACCUACCAAUCCUACUCGGACACCCUGGAAAAAAACCUUGGGAAGCAACCCCCCACCUCCUCGGAAAUUGACUCCCCAUUCCCACGGAAUUUCAGUUGUCCUUCUGUGGGGGAGGUAUGGAUAUUUUCUGGAACUACACGAUAGAAAUUUUAUUUACAAUGAGGACUUGUAAGUCUAAAUUCUAUACUCAACCUUUCAGAAAAUUGUGACAAAUUACUGUAAUUGUAAUAAAUAGAUUUAAGACCCCUCUGAAUGUGUUUGUCCUAACUUACUGUAAAUCCUCUAUUAAACCCCUGGGGGCUCCUUUAUUUCAAACACAUAUUGUAGGGGGAGGGGGGCUUAUUAACUUUUUUGCCUUGAAAAGGGAGGGCUUUUUGGAGACGGGGGGCUUAAUAGAGGAUUUACGGUAUAUACCAUUUUCACAUUCCCCAUAAUACACCUGUUUAUCCCCCAAAAAUUUGCAUAAGAAUUGUGUUCAAAUUCUCUUGAGACGACUGUAAUAACCAAGAGAAAUUGGAAAACAAUGGUUACCCAAAAUUUUGGGGUGUAAAGAAGGUGUAUUAUGGGUAAAUUGUGCGAAAAAGAUGAGUAAGCCCUCCACAAUUAUAGCCUCCUUAAUUUUACACCCCCAACUCAAGUUGGAGGUUGAAGUAGCAAUCAGGUACUAAAUUUAUUAUUCACUGCUCAAAGGCUAGCUAGUCCAAUGAUCCUACAUGCCCUUUCUUCUAAUUCCCUACCUGCACACAGAAGAGAAGAACAGCUUAUGAUGAACAACUGAGAGAACCAACUUUGAAGCAAAUAACAUACUGAAAUAAAGAAUGAUAGUAAAUUUUUUGCUUUGGUUAGUUAAUGCGUAGAGGUUUUAAUCAUGCUGAUUCAAAGAGGACAGACGACAAAUUUUUGUUGCUCAAAAUAUCUACUGUUCAUCAGUAGGAUGCCUAAAAUGUGUGCAAUUCCACAACUGGUUUUGGCUCCAUUAAGUCCUUUACCAAUAAUAUUGUAGAACAUUUUAGGAGGAGUCACCGACAAUGUGUAAACAGUUACUGACAAAGUAUAUGAGUAGGAAAACAACCCGAACAAAACGCAUGCAUUAAAUAACAAACUUUAGUAAAAUCCAACUAGUUGUCUAUUAUCAGUGCUGCAUUCUGAUUGGCUGAGCUACUACAAGGCUAUAUGUUAUAGCCCACUAGUAGUGAAAAGCGCCAGCUUUGAAAACCAAAACAAUGGCUUUAAGUCUAGCUUUAACUAGCUAAAGUUAAAUUUUGUCUCGACAUUUUUGACCAACUAGUUGGAUUUUACUAAAAGAAUUCCUCUCGCCCUCAUGGCCUCUGAGUUAAUAGCCCAUUUGGCCUUCAGCCUCAUGGGCUAUUGACUCAGGUCCCAUUCGGGCUCGAGGAAUAAUUGUUAAAGAUACACAUGUCAAUUAAAUAAUAAAAGAGAGCAUGUCACAGGCGUCUAUUUCAUAUAGUGAGUAGAGUAUGCAGUCAGCAUUGGUGAUCCUAGCAGCAUGCAAAAUGCAUGUCAGAUAUGAACUGAAAACUUACCAAACCGGACACCCACUGUUUGUUCCUGCCAUAAUGUUCUGAGUCAUUUUCUUUGAGUCAGUGUAAAGUGGACAUUUUUCUUCUGAGACCCGCAGUGCCUGAGUCCCAGCAGGGUACGGCUUAGAGGCUGACUAUACUGAUAAAUUGAAUAAAAAUCAAUCAAACAGAGCUCAAUCCACUAAAUAAUGUUACUUAACUGAUUGACUGUAACAGUAAAGUCAUUGAAACUGGCAGUCUGCUGACGUACUCACGUGACCAUUUGUUGGGCAUCAUCAAUAACUGGGGUAAAUUAAGUGUAUUUAUUUACUUCAAUUGAUGGUCAUCGAAUAUAUUCAUGUGUGUGCCAUCUUCAGGUAAAUAUUCCUUAUUGAUUUGUUUGUUAUUCUAGGCUUCUUGACAUCUUAGCUGGACGGAAAGAUCGCAAACAUUUAUCGGGUCAUGUUCUCGUUAAUGGUCUCAAACAACCCGAAAAUUUCAAGUGUAUCACAGGAUAUGUAGUACAGGUUUGUUUGCUGGAACAAGUGACCAUUUUUGUUCAGUAUUAUGACAGACAACUCUUACUAAUGCCUCUAAAACCUCUGCCUUUCCUUUUUACUGCAGGAUGAUGUUGUCAUGGGAACCUUAACUGUCCGGGAGAACUUGCAUUUCUCUGCUUCGCUGAGACUUCCUGGCAGAUUGAGUAAACAAGAACGGGAGGAGAGGGUAGAAGCCACUCUCAGUGACCUGGGUUUGUAUCACGUGGCUGAGUCGAAGGUAUGUUCGUGUACUGCAGAAAAACCUUGGCGGAGGGGAGGGGAACGGGGGGGAGAGCCCAAGGCUUUCUUCUAAGGGCACCGGAAGAAUUUUCCACCGCUUUGUUCCGGCAUGCGGUACCGUGGAACUGACGAACCAGGUUGAAUUUUAACUAGAGUGGUUUUACAGUCUGCCCAUGCGUAAAGCGCUAUCUUGAGCAAAUCCAAAAUGGUGUCUCCCAACUCAUUGCAGAAGAGCUGUGGGGUGGAGAUUGCUCCCAGCUGAGUUACCACGCAUGCAUGCAACUACGCCUUUUUCAUACUGCACAGGUCAGAUUUUUGACCCUAAAAUCGAUAUCAAAUAUAUCGAUUUUGGCUUUUAAAUUUUUGAACGGCUAGGCGCAGGCGUCUAAAUUUUCGUUUGUCCACGUUCGCGUUAAAACGUUAGAUUUGGCAAUUUCACUUUGUAGUCGUACAUUGACGGUGAAAAGUGAAAAGGGCUUGGUCACCUUUUGUAGAUGUGACAGUUAUUUGGAUAUAAAUUAUACAUAAAUUUUGUUUUUUUUUGGCCGAUCGCUGGGGUAGUUUAGUGUUUAUAAGGAAAAAUGAUUAGCAUACGAAAGGCCCAGGUUCGAUUGUAAGCUUCUUUCUUUUUAUAAGAAACACUUUCAAAUAUAGUGCAAGUGUCUCAAAAAUGGCAGCGACAGUUUAUGAAAGGGACAACUGGGACGCCGACUACAUGCACGUGCACAACAUGUUUAUUAUACCAAGCCCCCUGCAAAUACCCCGGAUGGAUCAAGUGAUCGCGAAAUGACAGUAGGGAACUUAAGCAACGACGAAUGCGACGAAGGUAGUGAAAACGUCGUAAAAAAAAAAGAAUUUGCAUUCUUUCAAACUUUAUCGCGUCUAUUAGUGGACCCGCUCUACUAGUUGAAUGUAGCCGAUUUCUCGUAGAGUUGAUCUCUUAAGGACUUUAUCCACCUUAAAAAAGAGAAUGGAAAAUUCGUCGUCGUAUGUUCACGUCCUCCAUAAAGUUGAUGUUUCAUGGGACGAUUCAUGUACAUGUAUAUGUAGAGCGGUCCGCUUAUCAGUUGUGAGAACUUGGAUUAUAGAAACCGUCUUAACCUGCUGUGAUGUGUGCGUUUGUUUCUGUUUUGGAGUAAUGAUAAUUGUUACAGGUUGGAAAUGAGUUCAUCCGGGGCAUUUCAGGAGGAGAACGCAAGCGCACUAAUAUUGGUAUGGAGCUGAUAAUGUCACCAUCAGUUUUGUUUCUUGAUGAACCAACUACAGGACUGGACGCUUCUACAGCUGUAUCUGUGGUUGAGCUUUUGCAGGGGUAGGUGAAGACACCCCCCAUCCCGCCUUUUAAAAUGUCACGAGAUGCUUCAGUACCACUUACAAGAAUUAUCAGGUUGAAACUCUGUCAACGAUUAAAUUUAGCUUUGUGGACUCGCUUAGUAGUGUAGCCAAGGGUCUUAAAAGACUGAGUGAAAAUAAAAUAUACAUCUCCUUAAAAACAGUGUCGUCUGGAUUUCGCUAUGUCUGAGCUCACUUUCUAGGAAGCUCUAUUAGAGUGAACAACUCAUAAGAACACUUUUACAGGGAUAAGGAGAUACAGAGGAUCGAGACCCGGUGUAAUUGUUUUAUUUAUUAAUUCAAAAUAAUUGGUACUUGUUUUCAAUGAAUAAUUAUUGCGCUCUACGUGUUUAGGGUACUGGACAUGCCCUUGCCCCUCCCAGUCAAAAUGUUAAAAAGGGUAUGGGGCGAUUACCGUGACCAUGUAAUAACCUUGUUGUUUGUGUCUUUGUUAGGCUUGGUCGACGUGGUAAGACAGUUAUCAUGUCUAUUCACCAGCCACGUUAUUCCAUCUUCAAAACAUUUGACACUAUCACUCUCCUCUCUGUUGGUGAGUUGGUGUACCAGGGCCCCGCGGAUGAAGCACUGAAAUAUUUUGAAGAUAUAGGUAAGGUGUUGCGGUCUCCAGAAAGUGUCUUCUUGAAGAUUCUCAGCUAAUAAUACUCUUCGAAAAACAGGAUGCUGCAAGACUGGGGCACUAACAGAAGGAACAAAGGAAUUGGAUUUGCCCACCACAGCGAAAAAAAUAGGCAUAAAAACGUUGAGAUCUGAAGCAGCAAACAUGUUAUUUUGAAGUGCCAGAUGAUGUUUAAGAAAGCCCGCUAGUUUUAAUGGCACAACAUUUAUGAGGUUUUUCGGCUCUUCAGUUGUUCUCUUUUCUCUCUCCAUGUGGUAUUUUUUAUGAAGAUUUUUAAUUACACCUAGAUGUUAAUUGCACAUAGAUAUCAUUCCCAUCCAAAAUGAUUAUUAGCCUUGUAGCGAAAUAGGCUAACAUUACUCAAUAAAUCAAGUCACUCCACUCACUCACCUCUCACUUGUCCCCAUUCUGCGUCUAAACUCGCUGCAACAAUGCCAACUAUCCGAAAAUCUUGCAUGGACUGAAACGAUUCAUUGUGUUGGGUAGAUAAAAAAGGAAACAAAACGCUUCGAGUGUCAUCCAAUCGAAUCCAAGGACCCAGCGCAUGGUUACUUCAUUAUAAAUUUAUAAAAUUUUGAAGUGUACUCGUUUACUAUCUUUUUGUAGGCUAUACAAUGUACUGAACUUUUCACAAUGCUCUAAACUAACUACAUCACUUUUCAGUAGCCUCCUUUGCAGGCUUGCUUCGUGUCGGGCGUUUUUCUCUUUAGUUACUGGGAUUUCAUGUACCCUAACGGGGAAUCAGUCAGGGGGGAGAUUGUAAUAGUUAGUGUUUUUAUUUUAAUACUAUUAUUUUAAUACUAUGUUCUUUAACGUUUUGACAAAUGGCUCAUGCAGAGAAGUCCACAGAUUUGGCGUUUUCAUCAACAAAAUCUUUGUCAAGGAAUCAGGCCUAGAACUGUGAAAAUGGAAACAUUAGUAGGCUAUUUAGUAACAUGUCCACUGUACAUUUUUCAAAUUUCUCUUGUGCAACGGCAGAUAAAUUUAAGAGUCGCAACAGAUUCUUUUUACUUCUCAUUUCUCCCUGUUUUAAUGAUAAAUCGUUUAAUUUUUUAUUGCAGGGUUCGAGUGCGAGGCACAUAACAAUCCAGCUGAUUUCUUUAUGGAUGUUAUUUGUGAAUGUGAACAUUCGCUGACUGACAGUUCAGGUAUGACUGCAGACACCCUUAUUCAUAGCAGAUCAGUCCUUAUUAUGAGAAAUGACAAAGUUGGUAAUAAGAUACUCUUCAGGCCCGGGUAAAUCGCUAUGCAGCGGAUGAGUGUUAUUAAAAACAAUUGCUGCGCUCUAGCGCUAUCCACUUUCUGAGCAACUGGCGCAGUCCCGCUUUUCAUCAGCUGAUCGCAGUGUUGGCAUCGGGUCUCUCGUCCAGCUUCCAUUUCUCUUGGUUCAUGAUUGUCGUUCAAUCAUUUAUUAGAGAGAAAUGACAAUAUCACUGAAAUUUUCAAACGAAUGGUGGAAUCAGUUCUAUUUACUAAAUUUAUUUAAUACUGUUUGUACAAAGAAAUGACCAAUUCAUUACCUUUUUUAAUUAUUUGAUUAUCAAUCUUUGAAAUCUCAUCUGUAUAUAUCUACGCUCUUUGUGGGGAAACCGGCAGAGAUAUUUUAAUUCAAAACAGAUCCUGUUUUUUGGGAGUGUCUGUUGCGCACACAAGUUUUUUCUCAUCUUAUCGUUCUUCAGUUCUGUGUCGUACUUAAGUUUUAGUAUGAAACAGUAUCACAUGUUGGAGCGAUUUUCGUUUGUCCUUGAAAAACGUUUUUCGUAAUUGUUCGUUAUUUGUCUUAUCGGCCAGUAGUUACCAAAAAAAAAAACAAAUCAAAACUUGGACUUGUGGCUUUACCACCAAAGGGAACCCUAUGACUGAAAUCGUUCGAUUGUCCAAUGGGAAGCCUGAUUUCUGUUCCCCAAGUUAGUUUUUAAUUUACCUUUCUUUCUUCUUAGAAGAAAGCGUUGCGUGCUCGCUAAAAAAAUGAACGCAACCGCGCGUAUGUGACGGUUCGAUAAACCAAUCAAAUUGUUAUAGUCUUGGUCGUUUGUCAGUUUGGUGGUUUGGUUUCUCCAAGCGAGGCGAACGCGGCAUCUCGCGCGUGACGAGGAGAGGAGAAAAAAUAUGCUUUAUUUUUUCUCCUCCUCUCGUCUCGCGCUUGGCGCGAAAUGCCGCGUUCGCCUCGCCUGGCUCUUAAAGUUCCUGUUAUGCCGGCUAACAAUACGUUGACGUUUUUCUGUCUUUUUUAGUUUUGUCAUUUUGCGCGUGAACGAACAAUUUCAAGGUUGAACCAAACUUGCUCUAUAUCAACGUUAUUUCAUAGAAACCACGGUUCUUUCAAUGGAAGAGGGGCAUACCUCGCUUAAACCUAAUUUACCAGAACUAUUCAAGAUGUCAGAAUACGCCAAGAUUAUUCAGCAGACGACAAAACCAAUUCUGGAAGAAUUCUCUACUAGCCUCCGUUCCGUAGGAUUUUCAAAAGAGAAGGAAAUAACUUAUGCUACUUCCUUUUGUAGUCAAGUAUGUUCAUUUUAAAUCCAUUAUGAAUUAUUACGUUGGUCAUGUCCACAUUUAGGCUCGAUUACCGGCCGCUGUUUGGAAAAAUGAGCCCGCACUGAUGUAUGGGAUUGUUUUGGGGAAGGAAUUUUGACCCAAUAUUUCCUUUGCAACCUUGUAAUAGCCUGUUAAAGAAGAACAGAACAAUCCCAUAGUACAAUUUGACUCAACACCUCAAAAUGUCCUAUAGAAUGCCCAGACUAGCAAAUACCAUUACAUACGGGCAGCAGCUACAAAGUUUCUGGUGGCUGUUUCUUUGUACUCUUGAAUUUUGUCGUGAAAAAUCCAUUUCAGGAAAAUAAUUGAUGUAUACUUGAACUUUUCUUUUCGUGCACCUCUACGAUACAGACAGUUCGCUUGGUUCCAAAGAUACUGCUCAGGAAAUCUCUCCUGCCUUUAUAAUACAGACGACUGUGUAAUAAUAGACUACGAGCAGUCUCUCUUUUUUCUUGGUCCGUCCAGCAAAACACCCGAGACACGCAAAUGACCACGCGCGUGACCGAAGGCGCGAGACGGGAGAGGCUCAACGCUCGCGCGCGUCCACUCCCCUAAAUAAAUCUGAAGAAAAAGAGAGACAGCUCGCAGUCUGUGUAAUACGGACAUCUCUCUAUUAGUAUCGACAGAUUUGUUGGCUUAAAAGAUGCCAAACUUCACUCACAGUAAUCCUUUUCUCUACAAUACAGACAUCUCUCUAUUACGAACACCUCCAUAAUAAAUUUUGGUUAAAGGUAUCAAAUUUUACACUCUAGUGUAAUUUUGACAGUGUGCCCGUUACAUCGUCUUCAGUUUUACCUUUAAUUUCCGUGCGUCGUUGAUACAAUCCGGUUCUUUCAUUCUCAACUAUACUUUUUUUGAAUAUUUUUUAUUUCUUCUCUACCUUGGCUAGCUCUUUACAGUAUCCGGACGUGCGGUCAAAAAUAUCGUGAGAAACCCUCAGACGUCUAUCAUGCAGGUGAGGGGGUCAUUUUGUAUUGAUUAUAUUACAAUAUGGUUUGUAGCUUCGCAUCGCCAGGUGCUGUACCUUUCUUAACAAGGCAUCUGGUGUCUUAAAGACGAUCUCGUUUGUUUUGCAUCACUGCAAGUCACAAGUCUAUAAGUUGUGGCGUGUGUUACAGUUACAAAAAAGAGGAGGGGGCAGAGAAUGGGACUGUUUUUCACCCCUCUCCCCUUCUCCUUUUACGUUUGCCUCGUAGGUGAGAAAAGAUGCAGAGAAAUAAGUAUCAUUUUUGAAUAGCAGCACAACUUACAAAGUUGCGAAUAUUUCGUUAGUAGUUUGGAUUUCUUUGUUGGUGAAAAGGCAACCGAUAUGUCGAGUUUUUUCAGGGAUCCCUUUAGGCAAAGAAGGAACGUUACUUUUGUUUUCCCUCGGGCGGCUCCAAUAUUGUAACUGAUGGUUGCUCACCAAGUAGCACUUUCUCUAAUGUUGUAUGUUAGAAAAACGAAAAGUUUGUUCGUUACGUCUCAGCACUUGCUUCUUUAAACUCCAAAUUGUCCUGGAAACGCUUAAGUAAAUUGGUCUGGAAUCUAAAUCUUUUUAGUCAUCUACUUGUGGUUUUGUUUCCAAAGUCUUGUGGAGUAUCGUCCGUAUAGUUGUAUUAAGGCUAUUUGCCCAAGUUUUGUUCUUGGUAAACAAUAUGAGCAGGGAUCCCAUCCACUAUUUGUUUGAAAGAAAGCAUAUCAGAUACACGAUAGAAGUGUGUGUCGGUCGAACUUGCUAUCUGAAUAAGCUCUUCAAUUCUUGGUAUCUUAUAGCCAACAACCACUACAAAAACUUCUGCUCCUCGAAUUCGUAACUGUAUUGCUAUCCAAAUGAUCUUUUGUAGCUUUUCCGUUUCAUUCAGGUUCCGUUCAUCUGGUCCGUUAGUCACCAGUAACACACGUUUCCGACUUCCGGCGCGAACACCCGAGUCAGCGUUCAGAGAUAGCACGUUAAGCGUCUUUUUUAAGGCAUUUAAGAUGUUUUUCUUGCCCCCUUGAUACUGAAUUUUGCCAAUGCUUUCAAUAGCAGCCUGGAAAAAAAAGUAACAAAGGCUUUUAAUCAGGCCUCUGUUAGUUGGUAUUAUUUACUGUAUAGUAGUACUUGAUAGGUCUAUCAUUUGAGCCAGCAUAAGGCCCUGAAGUGCAUCAAAGUACUGUUUAUUAUGCUGAUAAGGUGGCCUUAACGUUUGUACGGUCCGCUGUGAAUGAACGUAUUUAUUAAAGUGGAAUGGUUAUGAAACCCGUUAGAUUCCUUUUUUAUAUUUUUGUUAGCUUUUUUGUACCUGACCGAACACGAGCAUUCCCAUCGUUUUGAACUUUCUGACCAACGGAAACAUUCCAUUGAUUUAUUCAGUCACAAUUUGUGAACAAAAAACAAAGGAUCAACCUCCUCCUCCUCCUCCUCAGGCGCUUCGUUUUUCGCAUGGUUUGGGAAAGAGGCGCGCGCGAAACGCGAGUGACUGAUGACGACGCGCAAGGGACCAAGGGAAGGGUAAAGCGCUGUCUCGCCUGUUUUCUCCUUCCCGCCUUCUUUUACGCGCCAAUUUUCAUCGAGAGAGAGACGUCUGGGUACGGGGCGGACAAAGGGUUGUAAACGGUCAGGGAGCUUCCAACAUGAACUACAGCCUCGUUACUUUCAACUGUGAUGUUUGACAGAUUUCAUAACCAGUCUCCUCUACACUAACUACGGAAUGAAGUGUGAUCCGAUUCAAAUGAUUGAUAUUGAGCAGUACUUUGCUCCGAUUAUUUUUCUUUACAAAGGUUCCUGACUCAAGAAUUUGUGAGUGAAAUUCAGUGUGGGCAUUUAAAUGAAAGCUACUAAGCAGUACUUUCCUCUGUUUAUUAUCCUUCACCAAGACCGCCUAAUUUCCAAAGAAUGAACUGAAUGAUCAUUUAAAUUUGUGUUAAUUGAGCCUCUGUAUGAGUAUUUCCGACGAAAUCGAAGUCGCGACGAUCGCUACCAUUUCAAUCAAGUUUGACAACGGCAACGUGCAAUAACGGCAAAGAAACCCGCCAAAAAGUCUGUUGCACGUUCAUUUUUUUUUUGCUAACAGUUUUUCCCGUUUCCAUGGUCGUUGUGGUUGUGCUAAGCUCACUAGUGGCAUUGUGCUAUUUUAGUCUGUGAUUAACACACCCUAUUGCCAUUAUUAACAACCUGUCAUAACCUCAAACCCUUAGGGCCGUUUAUACCUUUGUUUUUCUUACCUUGGUGGACUUAAAAUUAAAGUUGACGGAAGCAUUUGUGCUUAUGGUUACUGCAGCAAACAUUGUAUCUGGGUCAAAUCGCGUCACCAGACCUUGGGCUGCGGUUAAGCUGAGAUUGAAAUCGGCCUCACUUAUGGAGUUGGAUGAGUCGAGAACGAACACAAUGUCGUGAUAUGAAAUAUAUCGUUUGCCUCUUGAGUCAUCUUGACGGUCAAGGAAGUAUCUCAUCAGUUUUUGCCGUAUUUCCGGGAUCGGUGGGAUGGUCUGAAACACUUAAGACCAGAAGAAUUUUACUUGCAUAAAUCCUUUUAUUUGUUAUUUCACUUUCUAGCCUCGAAUCUUUAUUUUUGCUGUACUCAGCGCAUUUGAGUUAACAGCAUUUAUGUUAGCAAGCAAAACGUGCAAAUGCAAAUAACUGACAAAAAAGGUAGAUAUUAGAAUCGAAAAUACUUAUCUAUUUAUAAUGAACCUCAGUCUUAAAACGCUCGGUCCUGACCCGGGGGAUUCUAAAGCGCUGGCCACGGACCGUUAUUUUUAUAAUAAAAAAAACUUCUUUUUCUGUCUUACCAAUAUUAUAUACAGUGAAAUCUCUCCAUUAAGGAGACCUGGCCAUUCAAACAGUCGAAAGAAAAACUAGAUGCGAUCUUUGUUUAAUGCAGCUGCCUUUUUACGAAGGAAAAUUCCAUGAAAUUAAGGGACUCUUGUCCUGGUCUCGAUGGUGUCCUCUAAAUGGAGGCGCUAUAAUGUCCAAUCUUUGUAUCCACUACCUCUAUUGAAGGAAAACCCUCUUUAAGGGACUCUUUCCCUUUCCCGAAGGCGUCCCCUGAAUAGAGGCUCCGCAGUACUUACCACAUGUCUUACGGCUAAUACGUAAUAUAUAACUUUAUUUACAGACAUACGUUAUGUGAUAAGAUCACUGCAACAGGUAGCACAGAGCGGCGUGUUAUGUGUGCCAAUUUGCUUCUCACCGCUUAGCGAGCGGUGAAGGUGAAGUAGAUCCCACGUUAAAAUUCUCUAUCUGUGUGUGCAAGAUGUGAAUUCUAUUGCUCACUCAUUUUCCUCUACAUGGUCCUCGCAAAGUAUCUCAGAAAGUGGCUUACAACGAUUUUCGUCCUUACCCGUUGAUUUCAUUGAGAGAGGCAAACGAAUUCUUUGAGCAAUUCUCUCUGACUAGUUCGUUGGAAAGCACAAUAACUGACUGUACAAGCAAAGAAAACGUGACGUUUCGUUUUCUUAAUUUUUGCUCUUCGUUUUGGAAUUUUUCUAUACCUAUUUACAUGUUAACCAAGUCUUGUGAUCACAUGAUGACACUAUUGAUAGGUCUGGAUACUGAGUAUAAGCAAACCACGUUGACCUCAUGCUUCAAUUCAUUCUGUCGUCUCCUCUGCUUUGAAGUUUUCCGCAUCUGCGAUUUACUACUUCAGUUGAUUUCUGCUCUGAGCUACAUUGCGUGAUCUCUAUCCUUAACCUUGGCACUGA